AUAAACACUCUGUGAUGUGCCAGUUGGGAAGUUGGACAAUAGAGCAUUAGAUGGAUAGCAAAUGGUUGUGGAAGAAGAAAUCUUCUGAGAAGAGCUCUGGAGAAACUGACAGUUCAGGUUCAGUAUCUUCACAUUCUGAGAGGUACUCUGAUGAACAGUUUGUGCAGGUUAUAGGUUCAAUAGCAAGGCGGACUGCAUCAACACAAGAAGAACAACAUAACAUUCCAAUCAAGGGGGACAUUACUUAUUUGUUGCAGGACCAGAUUAGCCCCUUGCCAGACGAAAUUUUAAUUGGAAUUCUUUCUCGCUUGAAUACCAGGGAAGCGUCAAGAACCAGUGCCAUCUCUUAGAGAUGGAGAAAUUUGUGGACACAUGUUACAUGUCUUAACUUCGAUGAAGAUGUAGUUCAAAACAAGAGAUUUGACCAGUUUGAAAUAUCAGCUAGGGCAAAAUGGGUGACUCAAGUCUUGCAGUUGCAUCAGGGUUCAACCCUAGACAUGUUCCGAAUGAAUCGUCAUUAUUCUACUUCUGUUCCAGCCACUAAAUGUAUCGAAUUUGCGGCUCGAAAGAGAGUUCAAAGGCUUGAGAUAGAGGGGGGUCAUAAUUCCUUGCUAAAGAAGCUACUUGAGAGCCCUUUCAAGUCCCUUAGGCACCUCUCUUUGAAGAACAUAGCAGUAAAUGAUGAACUUGUUGGGCACUUUCUUUCCCAUUGUGAAGUGCUCGAACACCUUUGUGUUUGUUGCAUUGAAAAUCUAUAUGCUGUGAAAGCAGUGGGUUCCUCCCUCCGGUUGAAGUUCCUGCAAGUAAGCAAUUGUCGCCAAUUAGUGAGAGUUGACAUUUUUGCCCCUAAUCUCGUGGAGUUUGUCUACGACAGCCGAAGUGUGUACAGAAGAGGAAUUGUGUUGAAACAUGCACCCUCACUUGUCACGGUAUCUCUUGCAGAAAAUGAUGAAAGUAUAACCAGAGCUUUUCUUUCAGUGUCGAGUUGUUUCUCUUGUCUUCACACUCUCAGCCUGCGCAUGAAUUUCGAUCUGGAAAUUAAUAUGCCCCAAGAAUUUCCAGAAUUAACUUGUCUCAAAGACUUAUCAUUGGAGGUAUGUAAUGCAAAUUGUGGGCGAAGUCUGCUGAGUUUAACCCCCUUGUUAGAGCGGUCUCCUUCCCUACAUAGACUGAAAUUGCAGAUGAGAUGGAAAUGGAAUUAUUAUAAGAAGCAGAGUUGGAGAGAUAUGCAGAAGAUUAAUAGAUGUCCUCAUCAUUGCCUGAAGGAGGUGAAAUUUUGUGGGUUCCUUGGCAUUGGGUCUAUUAUCGAUACUGAUUUUGCCAUAUACUUGAUUGAGAGUGCCAUGGUGCUUGAAAAGCUUAUCGUUGAGCUUGAAACUCGACGAGAAAUAUUGCCGGAGUUUAAAGCAACCGAUGAUAAAUUAGAAGCAACAAGAGAGCAUGUUUUGCAGUUUGGAACGCAAUUACCACCAAGAGCUGAGUUAGUCAUCAUUUAAUUUUGUGGGUUUCUUUUUAAAAUACUAGUGUGACAGAUUUACUUUUUCGAAGAUGCAAUUGUGUUCUGUGGGUUACCUCGAAUAUUUUCUUUAUAUGAUGUUGUAGUUGUACAAAAGAAGAAAUAGAUCCUUAAAAGAGUGGGAAUUGGAUUUGCAAUUGGCAGAUUUUAGUCAGUUUGCAGCCUAUAAAUAACAGAGUAUAGGCUAUAGCUGCCUUUGUAAUUCAUUCUAGAUUGCAAAGUUGUGAAUGAAAAACGGGACUUUAAUUAGCUACUGGUUCCCUGCCUGCCUCUUGAUCUGCAGUUUAUUUGAUUAACUUGUAA